AUGGCGGCGUGCUCCUUAUUCCGUCCCGCGUCGUCCGUGCCAGCAGGCGGCUCCGGCAUGCUGGUGUUCGCGACCGGCCGUCCCAUCAUCUCAGUCGGCAGCAGCGGCACCACCCUCCCGUGCCCAGGCCUCGCGGUGUCCUCGGCGGCCACAACCACGCCGCUGCGCUCCGGCAACGUCCUCGGCAUCUCGGUGCCGCAGGCCGUCUGGAGUCUUCUCCCGGCUGCCUCGCGCGGCGUCGUGGCUCUCACGGUGCCGGAGGGCGCCUCGGGUUGGGGCAUGCUGCACUCCGGCGACUUUCCAGCGACGAGCGGCGAGUUCGACAACAUCGAGGAACCGGGCCAAGACAAGGAGGGGCUGCUGCUGGAGACAGGCGCCUCCGGCACCUUCCGUCCCGCCGCCUCUUCCGUCGAGGUGCCGGAGGAGGUCUGGCGUCUCCUCCCGGAGGAGGAUCGCGGGGUCGUGAACUUCAUGGUGCCGGCGACGACAGAGGAUGAGGAUGCGCUCCACAAGAAGCAUGGGCUGAUGUCGUCGUCGCCAACCAGAGCCGUCGGCUUCUACACCGUCCCGGCCGUCGGCACCUGCUCCGGCGUCCGUGGUCUUCUGUUCCCGUUCGGCCCCUGCUUCGGCGUCCGUGGCGAGGGGAAGCGCGGCGCCGCGGUUUUCGCUAUGCCAAAGCAUGCAUCGGUCGGCAUGCUAAGCCGGAUCUUCUCCGCUGCCGGAGCUCAAGUGAUGGGGGGUACGCUCAGGAGUUCCUUUGCAAAACUGGCCGAGGUCAGGCGCCAGGUGACUCUCAUGCACGUUUUCGUCGGUGACCAAAACACCAAUCGGGAAGUGGAUAAUGCAACACGAACUUGCACUGGUGUGCUCAUCGACGUCGUUGUGGCCGCCGAUCUAGGACGCGAGGAGUGGAAGAUGAAGAUGCAGGACGCCGUUGGCAUGGCGGUGGUCUUCGAGGAGCUGGCGGCGGAAUGCCGCGACGGUGUUGUGGUCAACUACUCGUUGAAGAAUGGGAUCCGAACCAUCAGAAAGCUGGCCGGCCUGGUCGCGAGUGAGACUGUCCUCCGCCCUUCGUGGGACGACGAUGAGCUGCGAGAGUACGCCGCAAUAGGAAAGGGGCUAUAUUUCAGGGCUCUGAUGGAGGAAUUUUCCGAAUUGGCCGAAGCCGUGGAGUCCGCGGUGGCUUUCAAGCUUGAUAAGUAGAACCCUUAGAUGUCUACCGUGUUUACCAUGAGUCUACCGUGUUUUAAUCAUCAGAACUUAUGGUUGUUUUAA